AUGGCUACUAAUACUGAUGCACUCACCAGUGCUCCGGUAUAUCAGACCGGUCUGUUGGCAAAUGCGUCAGAUAACCUCGAUGCCAAAAUCUCAAGUAAAAUCCAUGCUUUCGAUCAUGAACCCUCCCUCGAUGAGGAUGGACUAUUACGCCCCACUGAAGAAGAAAGAACUACACUUCGCAGAAUUUCUGGUUCAAUUCCAUGGACUGCUUAUAUGAUCUGUCUCAUCGAAUUUGCAGAGCGCGCAAGCUAUUAUGGUUGCCAAUUCGUCUUCUCAAACUUUGUUCAAUUCCCACUUCCCAAAGGAGGAAAUGGAGCUGGCGCAACCCCCAAAGGUACCCAGCUCACACCAGGCGCUUUGGGUAAAGGUCUUACUGUUUCAUCGGCCCUUGGUCUCUUGUUCAAAUUCUUAGCAUAUACAGUACCUGUCUUUGGAGGAUGGCUCGCAGAUACAAAAUUAGGACGUUUCAAAACUAUCUGUAUCGGAGUUUUUGUCUUCGGAGUUGCGCAUCUUGUUUUGGUUCUUGGCGCUCUACCUAGUCUAUUCAAGAGUAACGUUUCUCCCAUGCUUCUCGACCAGGACACACAAAAGGGACUCGUAGUUAAGACUCUACCCGAUGGGGAACGCGUUAUUCUUGACCCUGAAGUUACUGCUCAGAGACUCGCUCUUGCAUUCUAUGGUAUGGUCAAUGUUGGCGCAUUUUUUGGUCUUGCUACAACAUAUUCUGAAAAGAGAGUUGGGUUCUGGCUGGCUUAUGGACUACCGAUGGUUCUUUACCUCUUACUGCCGAUAUUGCUAUGGGCAAUAAACAAACGACUAGUCAAAUAUCCACCGCAAGGAAGCGAUCUCGGAAAAAAUUUCAGAGUUAUCGGCACCUCCCUGAGAAGAAAUGGUCUGAAGAAAUUUGGGCGCAAGUAUUAUCUCGAUGCUGCAAAACCUUCCGUUCUCGCCGCAGAAGGUAUCACUGGUGAACAUAAUGGUAAACCAGUAGACUGGGAUGACAAUUUUGUUGAGGAUGUCAAACGAUCUUUGGAAGCCUGCACUAUUUUCUUGUUCUUCCCAAUCUACAUCUUGAAUGAUGGAGGUAUAGGAAACAUCACGACAUCCCAGGGCUCAGCAAUAGUAACCAACGAUGCACCUAAUGACAUUCUCAACAACUUUAACGCUCUUACUGUUAUCGUUACCAUCCCCAUUCUUUCUUACGGAGUUUAUCCACUUCUCCGUCGCCAUAAGAUUCAUUUCGGUCCUAUUAAGAGAAUUACAUUUGGUUUUAUUAUUGCCGCGAUUUCAUCAGCCAUUGGCGCAAUCACUCAAUGGAGAAUCUAUGAAACGUCUCCAUGUGGAUAUUAUGCCACUGGUUGCGAAAUAGGAACUGGCGUUGCUCCACUUAGUAUCUGGUGGCAACUUCCUCAAUGGAUGAUUGGAGGUAUAUCGGAAUGUUUCUGCAAUGUCACUGCCCUUGAACUUGCCUAUUCAAGAGCUCCUGCAAAUAUGAAAGGUCUUGUCACUUCCAUGUACUUGUUUGCUACAGCUCUCUCUGCUGCAAUCGCACAAGCUUGUACUCCCAGUUUAGUGGACCCGUAUUUGAUUUGGCCUUAUGUUGCACCAGCGGUAUUGGGAACUUUAAUGGCAAUCUGGUUCUACUUUUUGUAUAGGCACCUUGAUGACGAUGAGUAUGUUAGAGGUGGUGUCGGUGAUACUUUGGGUGAGGAACCGACAGUGGAACGUAGGGAGUCAAUUAGGACUGGUGAUGGUUCUCAAGAAGUUAGACCAAACGAAAAGGUUUAG